UGGUAAUUCGUGGGCCGCCGUAAUUCGUGUCAUGGCUAUUUGGCGCCAAAUUGUACUUUCAUUUUGUUAUUGACAAACAAUUUCAACAAUGCCGGAAGAGAAUGCUUACGACGCUGAGUGUCUACCAGACCUCCUUCCCAUAUAUUAUAAGAAAUUGUUUCCCUAUGGUCCAUACUAUAGAUGGUUGAACUAUGGCGGCGUUCCUAAGGAUUACUUUAGUAAGCGUGAAUUCUCGUUCACGCUUAAGGAUGACAUCUACAUUCGUUACCAGAGUUUUUCCAACCAAGAUGAAAUGGAGAAGGAAAUUCAGAAAAGAUGUCCGUACAAGAUAGAUAUUGGAGCUGUCUUCUCUCACAGGCCCAAGGAACACAAGACUGUGAAGGCUGCGGCCUUCCAGGCACAGGAGAAAGAGCUCGUCUUUGAUAUUGAUAUGACCGACUAUGAUGAUGUGAGGUCAUGUUGCUUGGGUGCUGAUAUAUGUGAGAGAUGUUGGCCCCUCAUGCAGAUUGCUAUCAAGAUCGUCGACAGGGCGCUAAGAGAUGACUUUGGGUUUGAGCACCUAUUGUGGGUUUACUCCAGGCGUCGUGGUGUCCACUGCUGGGUGUGUGAUGAGACUGCACGUAAACUGUCCCAGCCAGGGCGUACAGGGAUAGCAGAGUACCUGAGUGUCGUCAAGGGUGGGGAAAAUCAAACAAAGAAGGUUUCUUUGGACGAUAGGCCGCAUCCAUCCAUCACGAGCUCGCUGGAGAUAGUGCGGUCCCGCUUCAAGGACUAUGCAGUGAAGAAGCAGGACUUCCUUGGGAAUGAGGACAAAUACAAGAAAGUCCUUCAGCUUGUUCCGGAUGAAAAGCUUGCUGAAACACUGGAGAGGGAGUUUGAGAGUACAAUAAACACAACACAUAAACGCUGGCUCUUAUUUGAGAAAAUGUGUGAGGAUCGCAGGCAGAAGAGCGGGGCCAAAAAGUCUCCAAAUCUGGAGGACGAGGUUAUGUUGCAGUACUGCUACCCUCGCCUGGAUGUCAAUGUCAGCAAGGGAGUGAACCACCUGCUCAAGAGUCCCUUCUGUAUACACCCCAAAACAGGCAGAGUGUGUGUGCCUAUCGACCCAGAGAACAUUGACAGCUUCGACCCUUUCCAAGUUCCAACAGUCAGUGCUAUUGUGGAAGAGCUCAAUAAAUCUAAUGUGGGCGGUGAGGAGGUCAAGAAAGCCAGAGAUUACAACAACACAUCCCUCAAGCCAUGCAUUGACGUGUUUAUGCGGUUUCUGGUUGCUCUGGAAAAGUCCUGGAAAGGGAAGCUCAUUGAGCAGAGUGAUAUGAAAAUGGAGUUCUAGAGACCACAGCCAUGAUUUCACCAAUGUGUGUUCAACAUUCAGUGUCAUUCAGUAUCUCACCUGCCCCGUACCAUUACGAUGUGAAGUCCUUGAGGCGAAGAGCAUACCUGUUUACAUGACAGUCACAAACAUUCAGUAUCUCACCUGCCCCGUCCCAUUAGGAUGUAAAGUCCUUCAGGUGAAGGGCAUACCUGAAAGUCCUUCAGGUGAAGGGCAUACCUGUUUACAUGACAGUCACAAACAGCUUAUGAUUACAUCUGAACAUAUUUAUACCAACAAAAUUGAUGUGUUACCAUGAAUAUGAAACGUUGUCUGUGAACACUGGGUCUCAUUCAUGUGCGUAAAGUGCCGCCACUUAUUAGCCUGUGCAGUUCGCUUUCCACUUAAUGGAAUUUUGUUUAAAGGUAGUCUCUUCUUAAAGAAAGUCCAGUUUAUGCAGACAUGAAAGUCCAGAUAUAGUUGUCCAUGAUUAGCCUGUGCAGUUCCCUUUCCACUUUAUGGAGUUUUUAGCUCUACUGGCCGAAGGCCUGAAGAGCUUAUGUCAUGGCGUGGUUUCCGUCGUCUGUGCGUAAGACUUUUUCUUGUUUACGCGAUAAAGUCCACAGUUUUCAUCCGAUUCUUUUCAAACUUGUUCAGUGUCUUUAUAUUAAUGAGGACUCAAACCCUAUCGAAAAUGGGUUACAUCAGAGUAAAAAGUCCAGAAUUAUCUCCCCUUGAAUUUGAGAAAAUUGUGAAAUAAGGCUUGUUUAUGCAAUAAAGUCCACAGUUUUCAUUCAAUCAUUUCCCAACUUGCACAGUGUCUUUAUCUGAAUGAUGAGUCAAACCCUAUUGAAAAUGAGCAAUAUCGGAGUUAUAAGAGUCCAGAAUUAUCUCCCCUUGAAUUUGAGAAAAAAAUGAAAAUCAUUUACAUUUUGCCAUAACUUUUGCAAUAUUGUAUAUAGCAACUCCAUAUUUGGCAUGCAUGUGUAUCUCAUGGAGCUGCACGUUUUGAGUGGUGAAAGGUCAAGGUCAUCCUUCAAGGUCAAAGGUCAAAAAUAACAUUAAAAGCGGCGCAGAAGGGGAGAUAGUGUUUCCGACAAACACAUUUCUUGUUUGUUUACAUAUAAAGUUCUUUCCUUUUGAAACUUCAACAGAUGUUUUAUAUCAUAAAGGGCCAGAACCCCAUUGAGAGUGAAGAAAAUGUGUCCAACUUAUUGUUGAAAAGGAGCCAUUUGAAGUUUAAAUUUUACGUUUCUUCUUGUUUAUGCGAUAAAUUUCCAAUUUUGGGUCUGUUUAUUGAAAACUUACUCAGAUUGUUCAUACUAUCAAGGGCUUGAGCCCUAUUGUUUCCAGCCAGUAGAGCGAUUCAGGCCCUCAUGGGCCUCUUGUUUGUUUAUAGGUAAUCUCUUGUAAACAAAAGUCCUUUUGAUGCUGACAUUGUUGUCAAUAAUUAGCUUGUGCGGAAUGCGUAGGCUAAUCAGGGACUUCAUUUUUUACGCAGAUGCAUUUAACUCCAUUUUGCCAUAGCAAGGCUCAUAUUUAUUUUUGUAUUUAUCAUUGUCUAAUUUAUACUUAUGAUUUGAAGUAUGUAGGCUGCAGUGUCGACUUUGUACAUGGAAACUGGCACUUGACAUAUUUAUUUUGACAAACUUGACCUGAAAAAAACAAACUCCUAUGAUACUUGUUCACUUGUGUCCAAUAAUGAAUUUAUAAUUCAAUAUACCGUAAUGUUAACAGGGUAGAAAUUUGUUGUUUUUUCUCUUAAGAAUCAAACAUCAAAUAGCUGCCAGAUAAUAAAAUGAGAUAUCAUAUACUCAUGUGUUAUUUAGGUGUUAUCCAACUUAUACAUUCAUUUCUAUGGUGUAUUACAAUUAUUGAUAAACGUAUCAUUUGCUACCCUUGCAUGUUAACGUAAGGAACAGGGUGUUGAAACUAUAUGUUUAUAUUAUGUUUUGACUUAAUAUUAUCAUUUGUAACUACCGUUGUACCAGGUGAUUGCAUGUUACAGCAAAAGGACAGUACCUGAACGGAGAAGUACAUUUUGGAAUAUAUGGCUGCAUUUUGUUGUUCUUACAUGUAUACAUGUAUGGAUGAAAUGUAUUGAAACUGGCAGACGUUAUCAAGAAAAUCCUAAUUUGAUAUAUGAAAUAAAAUAAAGUUUAUAAAACAAAUAAAUACAACACUCUUAACAUAUUUGAAAAAAGUAUAUUGGCUGUUCGGAGUAUUUCAAUAAUUGUAUGUAAACAAAUUGAUUUGUGGUGUGGAAUAUUGAAAUAAAGUUUUAAAAUUA